UAUGGUUGUUUGGUUCGUGGCUGUGGCGCAUCGUUCGUACGAUUUGUGUCACAUUUGGUUCUGUUGUGUGUGUUUGGCGGCAUUUGCUUUUAGAUAUUAUUGCUUCCGAAAUGGCCGAUGCAGAGGAUCUUUUGGAUUAUGAAGAUGAGGAACAAACUGAGCAAGUUACAAACGCGACGGCUGACGCCAAGAAGAGUGUUAAGGGUACCUACGUGUCUAUUCACAGUUCGGGAUUUAGGGAUUUCCUUUUAAAACCUGAAAUUUUACGAGCAAUUGUCGAUUGCGGAUUUGAACAUCCUUCCGAAGUUCAGCAUGAAUGCAUUCCACAGGCAGUUUUGGGCAUGGACAUACUCUGCCAAGCCAAGUCUGGCAUGGGUAAAACAGCAGUAUUUGUAUUAGCUACUUUGCAGCAACUCGAACCCACUGAAAAUGUCGUUUAUGUUCUUGUCAUGUGUCAUACUAGGGAACUUGCAUUCCAAAUAAGUAAAGAAUAUGAAAGGUUCAGCAAGUACAUGGCUAAUAUUAAGGUCGGGGUCUUCUUUGGCGGCAUGCCCAUACAGAAGGACGAGGAAGUAUUGAAGAACAGCUGCCCCCACAUUGUUGUCGGAACUCCUGGACGCAUAUUGGCGCUUGUGCGGUCGAAGAAGCUGAAUCUUAAGCACCUGAAACAUUUUAUCCUUGACGAAUGCGACAAAAUGUUGGAGCUAUUAGACAUGAGACGGGACGUUCAAGAAAUAUACAGAAACACGCCCCAUGGCAAGCAAGUAAUGAUGUUCAGCGCCACGCUCAGCAAAGAAAUUCGACCGGUUUGCAAGAAGUUCAUGCAAGACCCGAUGGAAGUCUAUGUGGACGAUGAAGCGAAACUAACCCUGCACGGACUCCAGCAACAUUAUGUAAAGCUAAAAGAGAACGAAAAGAACAAAAAGUUGUUCGAGCUGCUGGACGUUUUGGAAUUUAAUCAGGUUGUAAUCUUCGUAAAGUCUGUCCAGAGGUGUGUGGCUCUGGCACAGCUGCUGACUGAACAAAAUUUUCCUGCUAUCGGCAUACACAGAGGCAUGGAUCAGAAGGAAAGACUUUCGCGAUAUGAGCAAUUUAAAGAUUUCCAGAAGAGGAUAUUGGUAGCGACGAACCUUUUCGGUAGAGGAAUGGAUAUCGAAAGAGUGAAUAUCGUGUUUAAUUACGAUAUGCCCGAGGAUUCGGAUACGUACUUGCAUAGGGUAGCGAGAGCUGGUCGUUUUGGCACCAAAGGGUUGGCCAUUACCUUCGUCUCUGAAGAAAGCGACGCCAAAAUUUUAAACGAAGUCCAAGACAGGUUCGACGUAAACAUAACGGAGCUUCCGGACGAGAUCGAUCUCAGUUCUUACAUCGAAGGACGAUAAAAUACGGUUCAAGUUUUUCAGUGUCAGAAUAUAUAUUCACAACUUUAUUGAUCGGAUAUCAGAUUGGUUCAAAAAUUGUAUUGGUCGGUGUGUGUGAUGGGAUUCCUCUGAUAUCACAAAUACCGUGUAUGUGAAUUUUGUGAUUAGUGUUAGUUUUUAUUAAGCCUGAUUGUGUCUAGAAUAAAGCCAUUGUUUUUAGGACUUGCGCGGUUUUGUUA